CCCUUGCACAUGCAUACUGGUCCUCUUCUUGACAACUGUUGUUGAGCGGAGAUUCGCGCUGUCGUAUCUUCCCUUCUCCCUGCUUUGCUCUUCACGCGUCGUUGGGAAGCUUGAAAACGAGACAUGGUCACAGACGCUUUUCCAUGUCCAGCAUUCUCGACCGUUUCACACCGACAUUGCAACCUCCUUAGGGUCCGCCUGUAAAGUUUACUCUCCCACGCUAUCGACCCUGGACGUUCAGAAACCUGUAUACGUAGUCAGCAAACUUCUAAACGAACCGGGCUCAAAACGGGACGCCAAAGCGAUCUUUAACAAACAAACUCACCGUUGUCUAUUGCAAACUCACGAAAGGUCUGCUGAAAAAAAGCCAUAGAUAGAGAAGGGGAAGCAACCUUUUCGGAGACCCUCAUCGACCCUGUUUUGAAACGACACGGGAUCGGCCCGUCAAAAUCCUCAAGAUGAGCCAUUCACAGCACUACAUUCCUCCACUGAACUUCGGGAUGGUCGAGGAGAACCUUUACCGGUCAGGUCAACCGAAUGAGCUCAACUUUCCAUUUCUCGAAAAGCUGGGUCUGAAAACCGUGGUCUAUCUGGCUCCCGAAGAGCCUUCUCAAAGAUUCGCAAACUUCGUAGAAGACCAGGAUCUGACCUUAUAUCACGUCGGGCUGAGCGCAGGGGGCAACACCUGGGAUCCCAUAUCCGAAGAAGUCGUUCUGGAAGCGCUUGUACAUAUACUCGAUCCGGGAAAGUACCCGUUGAUUGUGAUGUGCAACCUCGGAAGACAUCGGACGGGAACUGUGAUCGGAUGCCUGCGGAAGCUGCAACGGUGGAACCUAACGUCAAUAUUCGAAGAGUAUAGACGAUACGCGGGCCCGAAAGUAAAAGUCCUGAAUGAGCAGUUCAUCGAGCUGUUCGAUACUGAUCUGGUCAGAGUGCCGUUAUGUCAUCCCGGGUGGUUAUGAGAAUGUGAGAAUGCGAAAAGAACAGCUUGGAGUUCGGAGAAUGGACGUAGGCUGGUCCGUAUGGCAUGGCGCCAGGGCAUGUUGGUCGGUCGCCUCGUUCAAGGGUGCACUGAUUUCUGGCGCUCACGAUGAGACGCCCGGUCAGGCGGGGAAAACAGCUGGAGCACCACGCUAGUCCCAUCGAACAAGGCGAUAUCACCAUUGCUGUUUCACGGUGACAUGGAACCACGCUGCUCGAGCCACAACUGAUACAUCCAUAGCACCGGCCUCUGCGGCGUAUGUACCACGAAGGUAGCUAGCGCAGAGGCAAUAAUCCAUCCACACGCCCCAGCAAAUCACGAUAGUUUAGACCCGCACGACCGGGUCCAGUUAAUCUGAUCUAAUGCGCUGCAUGUUUGAUCUACCCGCCGUUCGGGAGUAUGUAUAUUAAGAAC